AUGUCGGUUCUAGAUGAUUUUAUUAGAGCUUCAGAUAGAGUAGUCGAGUUCCAGGCGUAUUUUGAAACCUUACCUGCUGAAGGCCAUUCGGUUCAUUCAUUAGAAGUCCAUAAGGAUGAGAUUAUUCGGAUAUGGAGUGAGUUCAGAUCAUCUUAUGAUACGAUACUGAAUAAGUUCACUGAAUUAGAAUCAGUUAAUAUUGAAUCUUUAAAAUCACGGUUUUUUUCGACGUUUGAAGCACAUGUUAAAGUUCUUUCACGUUCCAAUCAACUUCUGGACAACCUUUGCCAAAAAACCGCCCCAAAUAACGCAUCUGAGUCAGUCACAAACACUCUACCGGAUUCUACACAUCAUAUUACUUUACCACCAUGUGAUACCGAAAUCUUUCAUGGAGACUAUCAGUCUUGGCCAACUUUCCGUGACAUGUUCACAGCUUUAUAUCGAAAUAGUAAACGUUUAUCACCCGUAGAAAAGAUGUGCCAUUUGUUAAAGAAAACGCAGGGAGAAGCUCGCGAACUAUUGAAAACAUGUCCUAUAACCAAUGACGGUUUCGAGAUGGCUUGGCAAAACCUUGUCAAUCGUUAUGAGAACAAGAGAAUACUUAUAAACGCUCAACUCAAAUCUCUUUUCAAUAUCUCUCCUAUUUCAAAAGAAACUGGUACUAACAUUAGGCAUAUUCAAAGAACUAUAAAUGAUUGUGUUACCAAUCUUAGACUUCUUCAGAUCGAUACAGGGAAUUGGGACAUAAUAUUUGUUUAUAUUUGCUCUACGUGCUUACCCGAAGUUACUCUAAGUUUAUGGGAACAAUCGUUACCUGACCGUAGAGAGCUGCCAACCUGGAAUCAAAUGGACUCUUUUUUGACAGCCAGAUUUCAAACCUUGGAAUCUGUAGCGGAUAUUCGUACCACGUUUGCCACUACCAAUUCAUUUAAUCCUGUUAAAUCCCAAAAUCAUAGAAAAUCAAAUUCUUCAGACCAAAAGAAAUUGAAUAGUUAUAGUACAAGCGUUAAUAACGAUCAAUCCCUAAAGUGUUCUCUCUGUCCUGACUCGCACCCUUUAAGACUCUGUCCCUCUUUCCUCAAAAUGUCAGUAGAGGACCGUUUUGCCACUGUUAAAAAACAAAAACGAUGUACCAAUUGUCUUGGUACAUCACAUGAAUUCAAAAAGUGUAAGAGCCAAUAUGUUUGUCAUAUGUGCCGCCAAAAACAUCACUCUUUGCUCCAUCGUAUGGACGUUACGCAUAGUAAUGAUCAACAGAAAACAGUACCGCCCCCCGUACAAGAUCCUACCUCUAUCCCGAAUGUAAACUCGAACAAUGUUCGUGGUAAUGAUACAUCUCAAAUAUUUAAUUUGGAUACAACCCCCUCCACUUCUACUCAAGCUGCAGAACGGAUUCGGCAGUCUUAUGCAACGAAGAUACAGUCCACACCUCACUCUACAGUUAUACUAGGUACUGCCCUCGUUGAUGUUUAUACCGACGAUUUGAAAUGUACUGUUCGUGCAUUAAUAGAUUCGGCUUCUGAAGCCACUUUCGUUUCUAAGAAACUUCAAAAAAAACUUUUCCUUAAGACUCGAUCUAUUCAAACCGAUGUCCAUGGUUUGAAUGAUGCUUUGACGGCCACUUCUACCCAUUUAUGUCAUAUUCGAAUCGGUUCUCCUAUUGAUAAAUCAUUCAAAACAUAUGCCGAUGCAUUUGUGGUGAAGAAACUUACUGGACAACUUCCGUACCAUUCGUUAUCAACCCUUAAAAAUAGCACUUUUAAUGACUUACAAAUGGCAGACACUCAUCUCAGCAAGUGUUCUGAAAUAGACUUACUGCUCGGUGGAGAUAUCUAUCCUAAAAUUAUUCAAAACGGGUUACGAUGGGAUCAUAAUCAGUCUUUAGUAGCGCAGAAAACAGUCUUUGGCUGGAUCGUUACUGGCAAAAUUGAGACCUCUACUCGUCUGCAUUCAAUCUCUUCUUUUUAUAAUGAACUUUGCCUGAAUAAUCAACUUCAACGUUUCUGGGAGCUUGAAGAAGUUUCCCACAAACAUCGACUGUCCGACGAAGAUUUGCAUUGUGAAAAUAUCUACCAAUCUACUACAUAUAGAAACGAGAAAGGUCGAUUUGUUGUUUCACUUCCAUUUAAACGGGAAUAUCCCGAAACCCUUAACAUUGGUCCAUCCCGCGAUAUUGCUCUGUCCCAAUUUCUAAGGAAUGAAGUUAGACUGGCUAAAGACCCUCAAUUAAAAUUAGAAUACGACCGCGUUAUAACGGAAUACUCCACCUUGAAACAGAUGACUAACGUUUCACCAUCUGUCUCGAAUAGCAUGUACUAUUUACCCCAUCAUGCGGUUUUUAAGCCAGACAGCACUACUACGAAACUGCGUGUCGUUUUUAAUGCUUCCAGUCCUUCAAAAAAUGGAAUAAGUCUAAAUGAUCUUCUUCAUCCAGGGCCAAUUUUGCAAGCAGAUUUAACUAUCCUUAUCUUGAGAUGGAGACUUUUUAGAUAUGUAUUCAACGCGGAUAUCGAGAAGAUGUACCGUCAAAUUUUGGUCAAUCCCUCACAUACCCCAUUUCAGAGAAUAAUUCACCGUAGCUCACCUCAAGAAGAACCAAUGGAUUUUGAAUUAAACACAGUCACUUUUGGAGUAAACUGUGCCCCAUACUUGGCAAUACGCACUUUGCUCGAAUUGGCUAAAGAAUGUGAAACAACAAGUCCCACAGUUUCUGACAUUCUUAGAAAUUGCAUGUAUGUUGAUGACGUGUUAGCAGGAGCUCAUACUCUGUCAUUAGCCUUGAAAUAUCGUGAUGAAUUAAUAGCUGUCUUAGAAUCUGCUGGAUUCUCUCUGCGUAAGUGGACAGCGAAUAAUGACCACUUAUUAAAAGGAAUUUCUUCAGAUCACUUGCUAGAUGACUCGACGAUAGUAUUGGCAUGGUUACAAAAACCUCCUAAUAAGUGGAAGACCUUCGUCGAGAACCGAGUUUCUUCAAUAAUUGAAAAAGUCGGAAGAGAAUCAUGGUAUCAUGUUGACUCCAAAAGCAACCCCGCUGACUUGGCAUCCCGUGGUAUCACGUUAUCACAACUCAUAAACAAUGAUCUAUGGUGGCAAGGACCAUCAUGGCUUAGUCGCCCACACGCCGAUUGGCCAGCACAAUCGUUCAACUUUGUGACAGAAGAAGAAACUAAACCCAUUCAUGUUCACAGCAAUGCGUAUCAUAUGUCACGUGUUUCGGUUUUAUCACCGUAUUAA